UCCCCCAUUAUUCCUUUCUGUACCGCUCUGGCCUAUGCCGUUUUAUGCCUUCGACUAUGUAUCUCUUUUAGGGUCUCAUAUGGCGACAGCACGUCGUGUUUUACCCUGCAAUCAGCCAGUAAACCCCUCAGCUAUGCGCUCGCACUAACAGAACUCGGAUCAGAGGAGGUGCACAAAUACGUCGGCUACGAACCGUCAGGUGUGCCCUUCAACCAGAUCUCCCUAAACAGCAAAAAUCGACCCCACAACCCGCUGAUCAAUUCGGGCGCCAUCGCGGUGGCCAGUCUGUUGCAGAGGAAUCUCAGUAGGCCAGAGCGGUUUGUCUACGUGCACGACAAGUUUUCAGAACUGGCUGGUCGCGAACCACUGGGAUUCAACAACGCUGUGUAUUUGUCUGAGCGAGCCACCGCGGACAGAAAUUAUGCCAUCGCCUAUUAUAUGCGAGAGAACGGUUGUUUUCCAGAAAACUCGGAGCUCGAUGCGACCAUGGAUCUCUACUUCCAGAUGUGUUCACUGGAGUCCACCUGUGAAGCUGCCGCCGUCAUCUACUGUACUCUGGCCAACGGCGGCAUCAACCCCCUGACCGGAGAACGGAUACUCUCUGUGGAGGCUGUUCGUGAUACGCUCUCCGUCAUGCACUCUUGCGGCAUGUACGACUACUCGGGACAGUUUGCAUUCAGAGUGAGUGGCAUUGGUCAAGGCUUUUUUUACAUUUUGGUGGCGUUUUAA